AUGUCCCGCAGGCUGGAGAAGAUGGAAGGACAAGUGGUAGGCCGGGUUGUCAGGCUCUUCCGCAACCGGCUCCGACUGCGAGCAGGAUCUUCCCAGGACAAUGGAGGAAACGCUGUGAAAGAAUCAGAAAGGGCCCAGGAGCACACCCUGCCUAAUUUUGCGGGAGGACCGCACUUUUUUGAAUACCUCCUUGUGGUUUCUCUCAAAAAAAAGCAUUCUGGGGAUGAUUAUGAGCCUACUAUCACCUACCAGUUCCCCAAGAGGGAGAACCUGCUGCGGGGCCAACAGGAGGAGGAGGAGCGGCUGCUCAGCGCCAUCCCCUUGUUCUGCUUCCCUGAUGGGAAUGAGUGGGCCCCUCUCACGGAGUAUCCCAGGGAAACGUUUUCCUUCGUUCUGACCAAUGUGGACGGGAGCAGGAAGAUUGGCUACUGCAGGCGCCUCCUGCCCGCCGGCCGUGGCCCGCGCCUCCCCAGGGUGUACUGCAUCCUCAGCUGCAUCGGCUGCUUCGGCUUGUUCUCCAAGAUCCUGGAUGAAGUGGAGAAGCGACACCAGAUUUCCAUGGCCGUCAUCUACCCGUUCAUGCAGGGGCUCCGGGAGGCCGCCUUCCCUGCUCCCGGGAAGACUGUCACCCUCAAGAGCUUCAUCCCCGACUCAGGCACUGAGUUCAUCUCCCUGACGCGGCCGCUGGACUCCCACCUAGAGCAUGUGGAUUUCAGCUCCCUGUUGCACUGCCUCAGUUUUGAGCAAAUCCUGCAGAUCUUCGCCUCCGCUGUGCUGGAGAGAAGGAUCAUCUUCCUGGCAGAAGGUCUCAGCACUCUGUCCCAGUGCAUCCAUGCCGCCGCCGCACUGCUCUACCCCUUCAGCUGGGCACACACCUACAUCCCUGUUGUUCCCGAGCGCCUGCUGGACACCGUCUGCUGCCCGACGCCCUUCAUGGUGGGCGUGCAGAUGCACUUUCAGCAGGUGGUCAUGGACAGCCCCAUGGAGGAGGUCCUGCUCGUCAAUCUGUGUGAAGGAACCUUCUUACUGUCGGUCGGUGACGAAAAAGAGAUUUUACCACCCAAACUUCAGGAGGACAUCUUAGCCUCUCUCGAUCAGGGGACCAAAGAGUUACAGACUUCAGAACAAAUCAACGAACACGUUUCAGGCCCUUUUGUACAGUUUUUUGUCAAGACUGUGGGCCACUAUACGUCCUAUAUCAAGCGGGAGGCAAAUGGACAAGGCCACUUCCAAGAACGGCUCUUCUGUAAGGCGCUGACCUCCAAGGCCAACCGCCGAUUCGUGAAGAAGUUCGUGAAAACACAGCUCUUCUCCCUCUUCAUCCAGGAAGCGGAGAAAAGCAAACACCCCCCUGCAGGCUAUUUCCAACGGAAAAUACUUGAAUAUGAGGAACAGAAGAAACACAAGAAGCCAAGGGAAAAAACUGUGAAAUAAGAACUGUGGUGAACAGCUGUGACUAGAACGAGGCCAGUUCCGGAUGUGGGGCUGUGCCUGCACGGCAGGGCCAGUGACGCUCUCCGCCCCAGUGUCCAGUCUCCUUCCAGGUCCUGGUAAGCAGGUCUUGCUUCAAGCUGAGGUUCAGGGCCCUUGAAAUUCACUUCCUCAGGACUUUGGAGGGCUCUGGCUCCCAGCUUACAGCACGGGGUUCAAAGCUGCAUUUCUGGGGCAGAGCUGACAGUGGAGAAGCAGUAGUACAGGUGUUGUAGAGGCUUGGUUAGAAGUUGCUGCAACCAACUGCGCUCUUUCAGAACCACUCGUACGAAACCCUCAAGCAGAGAAUGCAGUCUUGGCCCCUCUGUUCUGCUCAACAUGAAUAAAUGUUGACAUUUUUGUGGACAUGUAGGAAGAAAAAUAAAGAUGAAAAUUGUGCUA